GGGAAGAUUAAAAUGGAGCGCAGUAAUAGGAUUGCUAUUUUUCAUACUAGAACUAGAUGCCUUUUAUGUUCCUGGAGUAGCUCCAGUUGAAUUUAAAAAAGGGCAAAAAAUAAAUGUCAAGGCUGUAAAAAUGACAAGUACGCGUACGCAAUUACCGUACGAGUAUUAUUCAUUGGGUUUUUGUAGACCAAAAAAUGGAACUGUCGUUUACAUGUCUGAAAACUUGGGUGAAGUCCUUCGAGGUGAUCGAAUUGUCAACACUCCGUAUGAAGUAGCCAUGGGGACUGAUGUAAGUUGCAGAUUGUUAUGUCACACGCCGCAAAAACCUAUGAAUUGGAACGAAAAAGAAUCCAAAACUGUAAUCGAACGAAUACAGCACGAGUAUACGGUUCAUUUCAUUGUUUUAUAUUUGAAUUAAGUUAUUAAUUUAUUGUUAACAUUGCAGAUUAAUAGAUAAUCUGCCUGCAGCUACUAAAAAAAUCCACAAAGAUGAUAAUGAUAAUGAUAUAGUUUAUUAUGGCUAUCGGCUCGGUGGUGUUAAAGGCGAUCAAGUAUUCAUAAAUAAUUAUCUCAAGCUCAAACUUAGUUAUCAUAAACAUGGAGACAAUGAAUUUAGAGUAGUCGGUUUCGAAGUCGAUGCGAGAUCUGUUGAUUUCAGCGAAGUAGAAUUUAAAGACAAUGAUUGUCAACCACCGGGAGACAUUUCUCCCCAAUACGUUAAUCCAAAAGGAACAAGACUUUUAUUUUUAUACUCUGUUGAGUGGACUGAAUCAGAUAUCAGUUGGGCUAGCAGAUGGGAUGUUUAUUUGGGGAUAAAUGAUGUUGAGAUACAUUGGUUUUCAAUUAUUAAUUCUCUUGUUGUUGUAUUCUUUUUAUCAGGAAUUCUUACGAUGAUUAUGGUAAGAACAUUACGAAGAGAUAUCGCCCGUUAUAAUGCAGGUGAUUGUGACAGUCUAGCAAGCUUGGAUGAAUCAAUUGAAGAAACAGGUUGGAAAUUAGUCCACGGCGAUGUAUUUAGACCUCCAACUAAUUCUCGUCUUUUUGCUGCCGUUAUUGGAAGCGGGAUUCAAAUAUUUUUCAUGGCGCUUAUUACAAUAUUCUUCGCCAUGUUAGGAAUGCUUUCGCCGGCUAGUAGAGGAGCACUUGCUACAUGUGCAAUUUUUUUUUACGCUUUUUCUGGGUUAGUCGCCGGUUAUUUUUCAGCACGAUUGUAUAAAACAAUACGUGGAAGACAAUGGAAACGUGCUGCACUUUUAACAGCAACAUUCUAUCCUGGAAUUGUAUUUGGUACAUGCUUCUUCCUUAAUUUUUUCAUUUGGGGAAAACACAGUUCCGGUGCAGUACCAUUUACGACAAUGUUAUCACUACUGUGUCUUUGGUUUGGUAUUUCUCUUCCACUUGUUUACCUCGGAUAUUUCUUCGGAUAUAGGAAACAACCAUUUACACACCCAGUGAGAACUAAUCAAAUCCCGAGACAAGUACCCGAUCAAUUAUGGUACAUGAAUCCAAUUUUAUGUACACUGAUGGCUGGAAUAUUACCAUUUGGAGCAGUAUUUAUUGAAUUAUUUUUCAUUUUAACUGCACUAUGGGAAAAUCGAUUUUAUUAUCUCUUUGGCUUCCUAUUUCUCGUAUUUUGUAUUCUAGUUAUUUCAUGUUCACAAAUAUCAAUUGUAAUGGUCUACUUUCAACUAUGCGGAGAGGAUUACAGGUGGUGGUGGAGAAGUUUUGUUGUAAGUGGCGGUUCAGCUGUUUACGUAUUUGCCUAUUCAGUUUUUUAUUUUAUGACAAAACUUGAAAUUACCGAACUAGUGCCAACGUUAAUGUAUUUUGGAUACACCGGAUUAAUGGUUUUAACAUUUUGGUUGCUAACUGGAACAAUAGGAUUCUUUGCUGCGUAUGCAUUCAUUCGAAAAAUUUAUGCUGCGGUAAAGAUUGACUAG